AUGUGGGCUGGCGAGCCGAGCAGGUUUGACCUUGCACCAGGUUACCCGGUCAAGCUGCUCCCUUGCGGGCCCCACACAGAAGCAAAAAUAUACGAAAAGAAAGAAGGCCACGGUCCUCAACUGAGUGGCAUCCGCGAGGCCUACGAUACCCAUGUUGCGAAUUUUAAACAGGCGCGGGAGAACGCUCGGCAAAACAUGCUGAAGAAUCUGCACCUAUUUCACAGAGCCCGCGUUGCCUUCUUUCAGUGGAACGCCGAAUUCUUGUCGCCUACGGCGUUUGAGAUCGUUCAAUCCUUUAUUCCAGGCGGGGAAAACAGAGCUAACGUUGACGAGGUCGACGUGCUCGUCGUUGCAUUUCAAGAGUUGAAUAACUUAAGUGAUUCUCAACAUGAAAAGUUCAUCAGGAAAGUAGUUGGCGCACUGAACGCCUUAAGCACGCAUAGGACGUGGAGCUCCCGAGAGUCAAAGUUCAAGGAACUUUCCACUGUGAUUGGAACGAAGGCGCACGCCCAGGGCUGGCGAGCCAACCGGCAAGCGAUUUACACCAUUGUUCGAGAAGGUGUCAUCGAUCCGCAGAAGACGCGAACUUGCUCGUGGUCCUUCCACCUGCGUGAGAAGGGCUUCGUGGCGGUUUCCUUGAAGCUGAACAACCUGGGCAGAUUCCUGGCGGUCGGUGUCCACCUUCCCACCAAGAAAGGACAAAGCAAGUUCCUGUCAGAUGUGCUCGAUGAGGUCGUUGAUGAGUGCGUACCCAGCAGAGAACGGGGAAAAGGCCUGGAAUACUUCGCUGCAGGCGUUUACGUUCUGGGAGACUACAACUCCAGACUCUCUGCUCAGUCCGCCCAAGAUACCGUCGAUAAUCUCAAGGAUGAAUCUGCGUACUGUGACCUCUUCGACCUGCCCCCAACGCCGCCGGAGGAGAGCGUCCUCGCGCACCAGUUGCUGUACAUGACGGACUACGAACGCGCAGACAAGGAGAGCCGCUUUGCACCGAUUCUGUGGGCGGCCGACUCGCUCGGCGGCGCAGACGACUUCGACGAGGGCGCGGGAGACCUUCGCGAGUCCCUGCUGCAAAGGAAAUUCUCUACUGUGACCGCCUGCUACGCGGCGCCUUUCUCGUUCAAGUGGCAGAAAAGCUGCGUCCCAGGAAAAGAUGCGAAGAUGGCUGAGGUAACAAAGCGCUGCCUCACAGAGAAAUCGAAGAAAGACGUCCGUGACACUGGAUUUCUGGAUCGGUUGUCCAUCUGCAUGCCAAACUCAAGCAUCCCACCAUCUGAGUCAGAGCUGCCGCGCAACGGUGCUUUCGUGACGCAUGCAGAGCAACUCCUGAAUCUGCGCAGCGACCACCUGCCUCAGCUGUUCAUUGUGGACAUUAUCCGGCGGAAAGAGCCACCCUUCCCUUCUCAUGAUGAUGACUCGGUGUUCCCCGUACACAAGGAGGGGGGAAAAAAGGCAGAGGCCCGAAAGCGCAGCAAGACGACCUAUUGGUGA